CCUGGCCGACGUCCCCUGCAACUGCCAGUGCCACCGCCGCCGUCGACUUUGAAACUGCAACACGCUCGCCUGCCAUGGACAAAUCACUCGACGACAUCAUCGCCUCAAGACCGCGCGGAAUCCGUCGCGGUUCGUCUCGCCGUGGAGGUCCUGGCGGGCGCGCUCAAAUCCUAGGCAAUGGACCCGUCAGCCCUAGCGCUCGUGCCCGCUACGCCGGUGCUGUACCCGUAGCAGGUGCCCCUCCCGCGGACAAGAUUAUCGUGUCGAACUUGCCGCUGGACGUCAACGAGGCGCAAAUCAAGGAACUGUUCCACCAAACUGUCGGCCCGUGCCGCGAGGUGACGCUGCACUACGACGCGGCGGGGCGCUCGAAAGGCGUCGCCGCUGUGCACUUCACGAGAAAGGGAGACGCGACCAAGGCGUACCAACAGUACAAUAACCGGCUUAUCGACGGAAAACGUCCCAUGCGCAUUGAAAUUGUCGUGGACCCGGCCAAGCCGGUCCCUGCUACCCUUGCAUCGCGGGUUGCACCCGCAGGUGUAGUUGAUAGCGUCCCUCGUGGCGGCGGCCGAGGACGAGGACGAGGAAGGGGGAGAGGUGGACGCAGGAACGAGAGGCCGGUGAAAAGUGCGGCGGAUCUGGACGCGGAGAUGGAGGACUAUACAUCGACCGCCGCUGCCGAAACCGCUGCUGCUGCACCGGCUGCUUCUUAAUUCUCUAGUCCUGCCGUCUGCUGUUGUACAUUACCCUUUACCUGCGGACAAUAUGCCCUUCUGCCUUUUUUGAUCCGUGCUUUGUUUCAGUUCCAGUCUGUGAAUGUGUAAAGCACAUUUAUCCCGUCUCCGGGUCUCAUUGAGUUGCAUAUAUGUCCUACGAUGCAAGCCCGAGUGCUCGCCC